UGAGGGAAGGGAGGGGAGGCGCCGCGCCGGGUCUGACCGAGCAGCUUCCCUCCGCCGCCGCCCCCGCCAGCCCGGCCAUGGCGUACGGUGGCCUGACGGUGCCCAUCAUCGUCAUGAGCGUUUUCUGGGGGGUGGUCGGCGGCGUCCUGCCGUGGCUCGUGCCCAAGGGGCCUAACCGCGGUGUUAUCAACACAAUGCUGGUGACCUGUGCUGUUUGCUGCUACCUGUUUUGGCUGAUUGCAAUUCUGGCUCAACUCAACCCCCUCUUUGGGCCGCAGUUAAGCAAUGAAACAAUCUGGUACCUUAAAUCUCACUGGCCUUAAGGAUGUAUGUCCUCUGCUGCAAUUUAUCGACUAGGUAAAGAAGAGAUUUCCUCCAGAUGAAAAACUCCACUGACCCAAAGAUGCCCUUAACGUAGUUGGUUGGAUACCAAGCCUGCAUUAAUGCCUUAACCUUUCUAUUGUGCUUCAAAUGGCUUGUUCAAAGCCCUAUAUUUUUUCCUACUAUACCUUUAACAGUGUGCCUAAUGCAAUUUAUACUCCUUUUUGGUACUGUAAAUCUUAGUUAAAUUCAGAAGUGAUGAAAAUUUCUAAAGUUUUUAUGGGUCACAGAGUCUGCUUUCCUAAUCAUUUUACUCACCCUGUAGAAACACUGUAUAUGUCUUACAGGUCUUAGGUUGUCUGUUGCUGUGUACCCCUGUUGGUUGACUACACUUGAAAAAAAUGUGUGCAAUGAAACUGUAUGAGAAGAGGAGAAACAAUGGUGCCACAUGUUGAUGGCAUUUAUUUUUUAAAAUUAGUUGUAUUCUUGGGAAAUUCGGUCAUAAUAUUUCUCAUAUGUGGAAAUAAAACUAAUCCUCUGCUUUAUACCAAA